AUGGGGAGAGGGAGGGUGCAACUGAAGAGGAUCGAGAAUAAGAUCAACCGACAGGUGACCUUCUCGAAGCGGCGGUCGGGGCUGCUGAAGAAGGCGCACGAGAUCUCCGUCCUCUGCGACGCGGACGUCGCUCUUAUCAUAUUCUCAACCAAGGGGAAGCUCUACGAGUUCUCCACCGAUUCGAGGUAGGCGGAAACGGACCCUCUCGGAGCGAUAAUUCAGGCACUCCGUUCCAUCUAACUAUUUUUUUUCUCGAUACGGAUUUGCUUCUGCUCCGUGGAAUUAUGUCUGCUUGAGUGCUCUAUUCGUGGAGAUUACUUUCCUUAUUCUCAAUCAAGCGCCCAGGCGCUGCGUUGAGUCCUUGCUCCGGCUCUUUCAGGGUAGUAUGUCGUAACUGUUUCUACUCUCUUUCCUCUUGUUCUGUAGUAGUUACAGUAGUAGCACAGGAAUAGUUUCUGCUCUUCUGCGGUAGUAGCUAGGGAGGGAGGAUGCCAGAAGAGUCAGUCGAGGCAGGAUUCCUAAUAACAAUACACAAAAUAAUAUUUCUACUAUAACUCAUCAAUACCGUCAUCGUAUAUUUUUAGGAAAUGUACGACAGCAGGGUUCAGUUUAAAAGGCUUUCCUUCUCUUAUUGACCUAUCAUUUUCCUUGAGAAAGCGUGGGACGCUCUCUUAUCACGUCAGCAACUGGUGCAACCAGUCGCGUUUUUCCUUUAGAGUUGUCUGAUAUCAUGUUCCUCUUUUUCCAUUCCGGGGAAUCUUAACGACAAGUGAAAACUGGGAUAGAAAGAAAGGGAUGGCAAUAUCUCGCUUUACUUUCUGGAGCAACGAAAGACGAUUGAACCCUAAAUUACGUAGAAAAUUUUCCGCACGCCAUUACAGUCGACACAAGGACGUUCUCAUCACAAAUCAGCAGAUAUUCAAGCUCGACACCCGCGUGCUCCUUUACUUCACUCUCUUCCUUGGGAACUUUGUAGUGGACAAAAUAUUUCAGUGGAGUGUACUGAUUCAAGCCAUUCUUCCUCUCUGGCUUUGGUCAGCGUUCUCUGUCAUUGGGAAUUUUUUUUUUAUAUAAACCUUAAAAAGUAUGAUCUGCAGAUCUUCAGCUAGCGACAGUAAAAAUUGAUGCUACCUUUAUAAUCACAUUAUGCGUACACAUUUUUUUUCCACGGUAAGAUUGCUUCCAUUUUAGUCAUUUACCCAUUUAGCAAUUAUCUUCGAUUUUUUUCUUAAAAUCAACUGCAGAAUAGUAUGUAGAUACUUUAUGUUCAUACAGUCUCUGAACGAAAUAUAGGUUGCAGGAUAGCAUGUGGAUACAUUCAUGAAAUUUAUUUUAUUUUUCAUUAAUAUCGUAUUCUAUGGUUCUUUUUGGUUGCAUAAAGGCUCUUUGUUGGUUUAUCAGAUUUGGCUUCCCUUUCACUAAAAAAACUAGCCACUUUCAUCCCCGCUUGUCUGUGCUACUACUCUAGCGUUCUAGGCACCGUGAUGUACCAUCAAUUUAGUGGUUUAUCUACUUUCUGGAAGAGGAUACUUCUGCGUAAUUUUUUUGAAUGAUUUGUAGAGUUUCACUAAAUAUAUAUCUAAUUCGAAAAAUUUGGCAAGAUGUAAUCGACUCAAGGACGAGCAGUACUGAGUUGUUUAUACCAUUGGUUGGUGCACUCAUGCUGUAAUUAAAAUUCUAGCAUCGAGUUUUCUUUUGACUUCAGAUCCAUUUUUCCCAACGAAACAUUGUCAUUGGUCGUAUUUAACGUUAAAAAAGCAACCUUUUGGAUCAAGCUUAGGUAAAACAGGCAGGAUGAGCUUCGCGGCUAGUCUGAUAUCCCUGCGACGGAGUAGAGAUGAGGGAUCCUGUUAGGUGCAUAACCGAGUUAGAACUCGCCAUCCGUCAUGCAGCAUUCCCUAUUUUGGAAAUCUUUAGAUUAUCAAAACCCAUGUGGAGAACUUCCAGAUUCAAAAUUGGACUUCACAGAGCUUUUUGUUUAAAUGAAAAAUAAAAAUCAGCCUUUUUCGUUCCAUGGUAUGUUACAUUCUUAAAAACGACAAAAUAGCGAAGGACUAAAUUCUUGCGGAAGACCAUGGGAAAGAGUGUCUGCCCGUUCAAACUGAUACAUUGCUCGUGUAUUUUGUGGACUGGAUUUUUAAAUAAUUCUUUAUUGCGUUUUGUGCUCUCCCUUGGCGUUUUAAAUAAGUUUUAAUGUUGAUUUUUUUUACAAGUAGCAUGGAAAGGAUUCUCCAACGAUACGAACGAUAUUCUUGCACACAACGAGAUCACGCAGCAGCAGAUCCUGAAGUACAGGUAUGAAUGUUUCAAAAUAGAAUUCAGUCUGUUGUAAGACCAAUCAGUAUCAUAAGAACUGGCAACACUGGUUGGUUUGGUAGCAUCAGAAGUAAUCUUACUAUCUGAGAACAAGAUCUAGUUAGAAAUUCGUCAUUAAAAAAACACUAGAAGGCUUGACCGAAUUUGUGUAGGAAACAUGGCUCCUUGAAUAUGGCAAGCAAAAGGCCAAGAUUGAAUGUUUGCUGAAGAACCAAAGGUAUGGAAUACAGUUAAAACUACUCAAGCGCGAAAAGUAUAUUUCUUCGUAAAUGAUGUGGAGUCUGGCGUUUUCAGGCAUCUGAUGGGUGAAGAUCUUGAUAACUUGAAACUCAAGGACCUCCAGCAGCUGGAGCUGCAGCUGGAAGGUGGGCUUAAAGAAAUAAGAUCAAGAAAGGUGCGUCUUACUCGUCUAUCUAUUUCAGAACAUCAUAUUUUAAAGCGCAUGGUUACUGUGGAAAUCAUUUAAAAUACCCAUUUAAAUCGAUGCAGCACCAAUUAAAUAAAAAAAUAAUAAAGCAACAUGACAGACCCAGUUCAGGCUAAGUUGCCAGAUAGUAGAGGCUAUGAAUACUAAUGAAAGAGAAUCUGUGAAGACCGAAUGCAACCACACCUCACCUUCCUCAGCUGUCUAUGCAUCGCAAAAACCCAGUGUAACCUAAUAUAUAUCUACCUCGAACGUCACAUUUCCAUGUAACGGUUUAUGUAGAUUCUGUAUGCAUUGCAGUUCACUGUCCUACAUUCAUAAGAGAAAUAAAUAAAUAUUAAUUCUUUGGAUAAUAAGUAAUUGGAAAGUAUGGUUUCUCUUUGUGCUAAGCGGAGGAUUUCCUAUCAUUUGUAGAGCGUUCUACUGUUCGAUUCCAUCGCGGAGCUUCAAAGAAAGGUACGCUCAGAUCUUCAUCAGGGAGCAUGGCCAUUAGAUUCUACAUUAAUCCUUCGUAUCUCAUGAGCCAGUCAGCCAUAUUUUCAUCUUUACGUCUCCCUUCGGUAACCCUAAACUGAACUUGUCUCUCCGUUGAUUGCUGUUCGAGCAGGAGAAGACCCUGGAAGAGCAGAACAACGUGCUGCAGAACAUGGUAAUCCAGAGAUUCGUGCAUGGAUUCUUAGCCGACGGCUCCCACAUGUGACACCUGUCUGUUUCUUCCUCUGAGAGCAGCUCCAGGAGAAGGAGAGCGUGGUUGCUUGUCUGGCCCAGAGGGCUCACUGGGAGCUGCAUCCCUUCUACCACUACCAAAACCAGAGCGCCACUAGCGGCUCCUCGUCGCCACCGUCCUUCUCCCUGGGCGACACGCUGCCCGCCACCACUCUCAACAUCGGGUAAACCCAACCCCACCCCCCCCCCCCUAGAAUGUCAACGUUCGAUCCGACGUGGGAUUCAACUGACGUGGCUCGUCGGAAAUAUACCUUGCAGGAUUUACCACCCACCCGAGGAAGAGGAGAACCAGCCGCCACCCCGCGUCGGCAACACUCUCCCGCCAUGGAUGAUAAGCCACCUCAACGCUAGUUAG